UCCUUAACUAUACCUAUUUUCAUUUUUCACAUUCUCGUUAUUCCAAUAUAUAUUUUAAUUUUUACGUAUUUUUUUUCCUUAAAAUAAUAUAUUUACUCAUUUUCGUCGGCAAAAUGAAUUAAAAAUAGUAAUUGUGACUUUGGCAGUAGCAACUAAGCAACUAAACACUCCUUUUUCUUACACUCUUCUCCGCUAUUUAAAUCAGAAUCUACGUUCCCUCUGUUCACACUCUGCCAACACCUUUCACUUCGCACCUCCCUCACUAUAUACGCGUAUUCACAAUGAAGAGAUAGCAUCUUGCUUUUUCCUCUUAGAUCUGCUUCUUGCUGAACAACCAGAGGUAUAAAUAAUCAGUGAGUUCCCUUAGACGGCAUGGCUGUUGGGAAGUAUUCUAGAGUAGAUGGUAGAAGAUCAUCAACGAGUUACUGUUCAACAGUGACUAUUGUUGUGUUUGUUGCUCUAUGCUUGAUUGGGGUUUGGAUGAUGACAUCAUCUUCUGUAGUUCCCGUGGGAAAUGGUGAUGCGUCUCAGGAGAGUAAGAAUGAGGUGACAGAACAGAGUGAGGUCAAAGAACAGGUGAGUGACACUGAUAAUGGCAAUUCUCGGCAGUUUGAAGAUAAUCCAGGUGAUUUGCCUGAGGAUGCGACCAAGGGGGACAGCAAUGUCACCUCUGAAGACAAGGAGGAAAGUUCCGUAGACAAGUCUUCUGAAGAUACAAAGACAGAAGAUGUGGGUAAGAAAACAGAAGACGAAGGUUCCAAUACAGAAAAUAUUGAACUAAACUCAGAGUCAGAAGCUACAGAAAGUAGUAAAGAUAGCGGAGAGACAUCCACUAAGGAAUCUGAAUCUGAUGAGAGUGAAAAGAAAGAUGAAUCCGAUGACAACAAGAAGUCUGAUUCAGAUGAUAGUGAAAAUAAAUCUAGUAACUCCAAUGAAACAACAGAUAGUAAUUUAGAGGAGAAGGUGGAACAAAGUGACAACAAAGAAUCCGAUGAUAACUCUAGUGAGAAGAAUACAGAUGAUAAUGCCAAAGACCAGAGUUCAAAUGAGGUAUUCCCGUCCGGGGCUCAGUCUGAGCUUCUAAAUGAAAAUACAACACAAACCGGGUCUUGGUCUACUCAGGCAGCAGAGUCAAAGAAUGAAAAGGAGACUCAAGAAUCCUCCAAGCAGACAACUGGGUACAAUUGGAAAGUUUGUAAUGUUACUGCUGGCCCUGACUUUAUCCCAUGCCUGGACAACUGGAAAGCCAUCAGGAGUCUUCGGAGCACUAAGCACUAUGAACAUCGAGAAAGGCAUUGUCCUGAAGAACCCCCCACCUGUCUUGUCUCUCUUCCUGAAGGAUAUAAGCGCUCUAUUGAGUGGCCUAAAAGCAGAGAGAAGAUAUGGUAUUACAAUGUUCCACACACUAAGCUUGCUGAAGUUAAGGGGCACCAAAAUUGGGUGAAAGUCACGGGUGAGUACCUUACUUUUCCUGGUGGCGGAACCCAAUUCAAGCAUGGGGCACUUCAUUACAUUGACUUUAUACAAGAGACUCUAGCUGACAUUGCAUGGGGCAAACGCACACGUGUUAUACUAGAUGUUGGAUGUGGUGUGGCCAGCUUUGGAGGCUUUCUCUUUGAUAGAGAUGUACUUGCAAUGUCAUUAGCACCAAAGGAUGAACAUGAAGCUCAGGUUCAAUUUGCUCUCGAGAGGGGGAUUCCUGCUAUAUCUGCUGUAAUGGGCACAAAGAGGCUUCCCUUCCCUGGGAGAGUAUUUGAUGUAGUCCAUUGUGCACGAUGUAGAGUUCCAUGGCACAUAGAAGGUGGUAAACUUCUACUGGAGUUGAACAGAGUAUUGCGUCCUGGUGGUUUUUUUGUAUGGUCUGCUACUCCUGUUUAUCAGAAGCUUUCUGAAGAUGUUGAAAUAUGGAAUGCCAUGAAAGCACUAACAAAAGCAAUAUGCUGGGAACUUGUGGCGAUCAGCAAGGAUCAAGUUAAUGGAGUUGGUGUGGCCAUAUACAAGAAGCCACUAUCCAAUGAGUGUUAUGAGAAUCGAUUAAAGAAUGAGCCUCCGCUGUGUCAAGACUCUGAUGAUCCCAAUGCAGCAUGGAAUAUUAAAUUGCAAGCUUGCAUACACAAAGUGCCAGUUAGUUCAAGCGAGCGUGGGUCUCAAUGGCCAGAAAAGUGGCCAGCCAGACUGACCAGUGUACCAUAUUGGUUGUCAAGUUCCCAAGUUGGAGUUUAUGGGAAGCCGGCCCCUGAAGAUUUUACCGCUGAUUAUAAACACUGGACACAUGUAGUGUCCAAGUCUUAUCUAAGCGGGAUGGGAAUUCAGUGGUCAAAUGUGCGGAAUGUCAUGGAUAUGAACUCUAUCUAUGGAGGAUUUGCCGCAGCUUUGAAAGAUUUGAAUAUUUGGGUCAUGAAUGUAGUUUCAAUAGACUCUGCAGAUACCCUUCCCAUUAUUUUCGAACGGGGUCUUUUUGGUAUAUAUCAUGAUUGGUGUGAAUCAUUUAGUACCUAUCCUAGGACGUAUGAUCUCCUUCAUGCAGAUCAUCUGUUUUCAAAGAUUAAGAAAAGGUGCACUGUAGCUGCCCUAGUAGCCGAGGUUGAUCGGAUUCUCAGGCCUGAAGGAAAGCUUAUUGUCCGUGACACUGUUGAGAUCAUUGACGAGCUUGAGAAUUUGGUAAGGUCCAUGCAAUGGGAGGUUCGCAUGACCUAUUCCAAGGAUAAGGAGGGUUUGUUAUGUGUUCAGAAGUCCAAGUGGCGGCCUAAGGAGGUGGAGACACUCCAGUAUGCUAUUGUUUAAGCAUGGAUGAGAUGCCAAAAUUCUUGGGUUCUGGGUGCUCAAAAUUCUUACAUAUGUAAUUUGUAUUUCCACUACUAGUCAGUUUAGGAAUCUAUGUAUUCGUCUAUUUUUCUUUGGCCAUUAAUUUUGAUAUCCUCUAUUUAUUUACAUUUAGAGAUUGGUGUUUUCUGCUGUAAUAUGGUGUCAUAGUCAGUGAAGGAAAUUUGAUCGCAUUCUUGCCAAAUGUAGAGGUCGUUGAUUGUUUUGUAUGCGAAAUAGUUGGGAAUUUGGAAAUAACCAUCA